GCAUUUGUCAUUCGGAACGCGACCACGCUACAGAAGUGCUAGUGUCGACGCGCGCUCGAUUACACACUCGCGAAAUUAAAAACAAACCGUUCGUUUUACAAAAUUGAGGAAGUUUAUCAGUGAAACAAAGAUUAAAAGUGGUUUAAAUUAGUGCUGGAGGUCGUUUAAGUAGUAACUACUUUUGAUUUUAAUGCGAAGCAGUCACCACAUAUGUUUCCCUGAAAAGUUAAUUGACCUUAUUGGUUAAGACGAAAUUAAACGUUAAUUCCGUUGACCACAAUUCCGAUUUCCUUCACGAACAACAAAUUGAAACAGAUCACAGUACAGUAGGAAAACAGUGAACCACGAACAGUGUGUAUAGUGUUUUAAACAAAAUAAAUUCCGUCAAUGCGAAGAAUAAAUCAAAUAUCAAAGACAAACAGAAAGGCCUUACGUUAAAUGCCGCCUACGGAGACAGGGCGCGACGGCAUGCUUUGCCUGUCGAGACAUGACAACUGCCUCUGGGAUGAAGCCCUCAAGUCUGCGCAGCUUACAUGGACAGGUCUUCAAUAUUCCUGUCUUAAGAUCUUGCAUUUAUACUGCAAGGUGUUCGACAGAGAAGAUGUCUUGGAUCUAGUCAUUAGGAAGACAUGUAAAUCAUGCGGAUGUGACCGACUCACUCAUUCCGUUUACCACGAGGAGUUGGGAUCGGUACGAGAAAGACUUGGACUGCGGGAGACAAGAGUCAACCACCACUCCUACGACAGCCCGCCUGGUCUCACCGCCAAACAGACUGAACUGUACUGGCAGUCUUUAUCGGAGAGAGCGCCGAGCGUAGGUGGCGCCACUGGUGCGGCUGCUUGGCGAGCGUGGCGAACCAGAGCCUUAGCUUCUCAACUACCGAAGCAAGAUCUCUCGUUAGCCCACUGUAGACAUAUUGACGAAGCGCAUCGUAAGCAAUUCGAAGAUUUCGUUGCGGCUAGAAAUGAAAUCGCACUUGAUAUUGGUAUUGCAAGACAGCAUCAUGGAUCAUCUGUUGACUGUUUGGGGUGCAGUAAACCUAUACGUAGUGGGAGUAUUGCUAUUGAAGCGCCACGACUUAACGAAGAGGCAACAUUCCACCCUGCGUGUUUCUCGUGCUCGGAAUGUGGAGAGUUGUUGGUAGAGCUGGCUUACUGCGCGCUGGACGACCGGCUCUACUGCGUGCGGCACUAUGACGAGCGGCUCAAGCCACGAUGCCGUUCCUGCGACGAGCUCAUUUUCAGUGGCGAAUACACCAAGGCCAUGAACAAGGACUGGCACAGCGGCCACUUCUGCUGCUGGCAGUGCGACGAGUCGCUGACGGGCCAGCGAUACGUGCUACGCGAUGAGCAACCCUACUGCAUCAAGUGCUACGAGAGCGUGUUCGCUAACGGCUGUGAGGAGUGCAACAAGAUCAUCGGCAUUGACUCUAAGGAUCUGUCGUACAAAGACAAGCACUGGCACGAGGCUUGCUUCCUCUGCGCCAAGUGCCGUGUCUCGUUGGUGGACAAGCAGUUCGGUUCGAAGCUCGACAAGAUCUACUGCGGUAAUUGCUACGAUGCCCAGUUCGCGAGCCGUUGCGAUGGUUGCGGUGAAGUCUUCCGCGCUGGCACCAAGAAGAUGGAAUACAAGACGAGGCAGUGGCACGAGAAGUGUUUCUGCUGCGUUGUGUGCAAGAACCCCAUCGGCACCAAGAGCUUCAUCCCGCGUGAACAGGAAAUCUACUGUGCCGGCUGCUACGAGGACAAGUUCGCUACACGCUGCGUUAAAUGUAACAAGAUCAUCACGCAAGGUGGCGUGACGUACAAGAACGAGCCGUGGCACCGCGAGUGUUUCACGUGCACCAACUGCAACACGUCGCUGGCCGGGCAGCGGUUCACGUCGCGCGACGAGAAGCCGUACUGCGCGGAGUGCUUCGGGGAACUGUUCGCCAAGAGGUGCACCUCGUGCUCCAAGCCCAUCACUGGCAUCGGCGGCACCCGCUUCAUCUCAUUCGAGGACCGUCACUGGCACAACGACUGCUUCAUCUGCGCGCAAUGCAAGACAUCACUCGUGGGCAAAGGUUUCAUCACCGACGGCCAGGACAUCAUCUGCCCGGAGUGCGCCAAACAGAAGCUCAUCGAAAAGACAAUACUACCGUUAGUCGCUAACGCGAGAGACUGGUGCAUGAUCGAAAAGCAAGACUCUGCGACCGAUGAGAUCUGA